CUGCCGCAGUGCAGGGUGGGAGGAGGCGCAUGUGCAGUUAGAGAGGCCUGUCGGGAGAAGGCUGCUGUGGUUCGCGGGCCCGCUCGCUCCCCUCUCGCAGCGCGCGUGGGGCUGCGGCCCUGUUCGCGCGCGCGUGACCCUCCCUCCCCCCCCCCCCAGGUCGCUGCCGCCUCGCGCGGCCCUCCCCCCCUUCGCCAUGGCGCUGAACAAGUCCAUGCACGCGAGAAACCGUUAUCGGGACAAACCGCCGGACUUCGCCUACCUGGCGUCCCGGUACCCGGCCUUCCGGCAGCACGUGCAGACCAGCCUCUCCGGCCGGGCCAGCCUAAAUUUCAAGGACCCAGAAGCUGUGAGAGCUCUGACGUGCACUCUCUUGAAAGAAGACUUUGGACUUACAAUUGAUAUACCAUUAGAGAGGCUUAUUCCUACUGUUCCCUUGAGGCUUAACUAUAUCCACUGGGUGGAAGAUCUAAUUGGCCAUCAAGAUGGUGAUAAACAAGUUCUUAGAAGGGGAAUUGACAUAGGUACAGGGGCAUCUUGUAUCUACCCAUUACUUGGAGCUACUUUGAAUGGCUGGUAUUUCCUAGCAACAGAAGUGGAUGAUAUGUGCUUCAAUUAUGCAAAGAAAAAUGUGGAACAGAAUAAUUUAUCUGAUCUUAUAAAAGUGGUUAAAGUGCCACAGAAGACCCUUCUAAUGGAUGCACUAAAAGAGGAAUCUGAGAUCAUUUAUGAUUUUUGCAUGUGCAACCCUCCCUUUUUUGCCAACCAGUUGGAAGCCAAGGGAGUAAAUUCUCGAAAUCCUCGACGGCCACCUCCCAGCUCUGUGAACACUGGGGGCAUCACAGAGAUCAUGGCUGAAGGGGGAGAACUAGAAUUUGUCAAAAGAAUUAUCCACGAUAGUUUGCAGCUUAAAAAAAGAUUGCGGUGGUACAGCUGCAUGCUGGGAAAGAAAUGCAGUUUAGCUCCAUUAAAAGAGGAACUUCGAAUCCAGGGGGUUCCUAAAGUUACCCACACUGAAUUCUGUCAAGGCCGUACCAUGAGGUGGGCACUGGCAUGGAGUUUCUAUGAUGAUGUCAGAGUGCCUUCUCCUCCCUCUAAAAGAAGGAAGUUAGAAAAGCCCCGGAAGCCAAUUACAUUUAUAGUGUUGGCAUCCACAAUCAAAGAGUUAUCCAUCAAGGCUUCAGCUAUGGGCUGGGAUGCUGUUGAAGGCAUAGCGGUGGUUACAAAGUGGAUAGAAAAAAUACUGACGGAUCUGAAGGUUCAGCAUAAGUAUGUUCCAUGUGGAGAAGAUGAAGUUAGUCUGUUUCUAACAGCGAUUGAAAACUCUUGGGUUCAUUUAAGAAGAAAGAAACGAGAAAGAGUAAGGCAGCUACGAGAACUUCCUCGAGCUUCUGAAGAUAUUCUGCAAGCAGUGGAAGAGAAGAACAGCCAGAAAGACUCAAACAACCCAGAGUGUGAACAAAACAAGACCGAAAACUUUGAAAUGGGAUCAGUGAUGCUUGAUGAGGAUGUCAGCUCAGCCAAGGAUUUCAGGCAAAGGGAAGAUUCCCCUGCCAAAGAAGAAAACAGUGAGGAACGCAUGGAAGAGGAGGACAUAGAAGCAAAGCAAGCAGAGAUAUUAGUUGGUGAAGACUCCAGUGAUGCAAAGGAGGAGACUGAUGCUUCAGAGGAUGCUGGCAACAUAACAAUGGAAAAAGGACAAAGUCCCAAAGGAACUAGUGGACACUUUCUUUUUAAGUGUUUAAUAAAUGUGAAGAAAGAAGGGGAUGAUGCAUUAGCAGAGAUGCACUGGGUUGAAGGAGAGAACAGAGAUUUAAUGAACCAGCUGUGCACCUACUUACGAAAUCAAAUUUUUCGACUGGUUGCUAGUUAGCCCUUAUUCAGAAUAUGGUAGAAAUAGGUCAGUUCUGGAUUUUUUUGUAAUCUUUUAAUAGACUAAGAAAUUUUGUGCUAGUAAGGUUUUUUUUAAGACAAAAUGACCAAAAUUGAGAUGAAAAUCAACUUUAUUUUUAAACAGCCUUUUUUAAAUACAAGGAAUCCUAAGUAUAUAAUGAUGAGGGGUAGGAGAAACAGUGCUGAAAAAGCACUUCAGUGUUCUAGCUGUAAAAUUGCAUGAUAAAUGGAAAUUUAUUUUAGCAGUAGCUCUGUGGUUGGUUUCAUAUGGCAACAUUACAGCUGAUUCUGGUCUUUCUGAUCUGACUUGGUGGAAAUGCAGUUCUGUUUGCAGAAUAGAAAUCUUCACUACAAUAUUACAUUUUUACAUCAUUAUUAUUGCAGGAAUAUACAGGUUUUUUCAGCCCUUAUUCUCAUAAUUAGCCUGAAACUCUGUGUAUUGUCUUUUGCAGCCAGGAAUCUUCCUUGAAGGGAUGGCACUUGCCACCCUCAUCCAUCUCCUUUCCCUAUGCAUUUGGCCUCAGCUGAGCGACAUCUUGAUAACAGGUGGCAGUUCUUUAAAUGACAGCUCAUAAAAGCACAAAAUAAUAUGGGAGAGCUGGGUAGCUUUAGAGAUGAUCAUGAAUCUUGAGUUUUUGUUAAUGGGCUAUAUUAGAUGCCACUGUUUAACACACAUCAGCAUUUGCAUGGAUUUUCUGCUUUUAAAAGUUUAAAAAUGAAAAAUGAUUUGUGCUCCUCCUGCAACAUACAAGUUAAGAAAAA